AUGAAAGCUUCCCUCGUCUUUCUCAAACAAUCCCACGGUCUCGUUCCUCCCCCCACGGUCUCGUUCCCCUCCCCACGGUCUCGUUCCCCUCCCCACGGUCUCGUUCCUCUCCCCACGUCUGCUACAGUCGUGGAAAAACUCUGCAGCAUCCCAGCGGCUUCGGAUGAGACCGCCAAGAAUACCUGCAGGGCCAAGGCCGCGCCGCUGGAGCUGGAGUGUGACAACUUCAUCACGGUCAUGCAGAAAGUGAACGACACAUUCAUCGUGUGCGGGACUAACGCCGGGAGUCCCAGGUGCUGGAUGCUGACGAAGGCCGCCGCUUAUUUAUUAGGAACGGGGAUGUUUUCGCUGAGUGAGUUUGGUGAGAUGAGGAGGCAGUAA